CUAUUUAAAUUUUUUUUUUUUAAAUGGCGCAUUUUAGCAAGUUAGCAUUGGGUCCACGCCUGGGCUGCCGAUCCAUAAGCGGCUCUAAGAUUUUACACAACAAGGGCGACGGCAAGUUCCGCAUUGAGAAGGACACCUUUGGCGAGCUCAAGGUGCCCGCGGAGAAGAUGUAUGGUGCACAGACUAUGCGCUCCAAGCUCAACUUUCCCAUUGGCGAUGCCGCGGAGCGCAUGCCGCUGCCAGUGAUCAAGGCUAUGGGCAUCUUAAAGAAAGCCUGUGCCGAAGUGAACAAGGACUUUGGCAUGGAUGCUAAGAUCUCGGAGGCAGUAUCGAAGGCCUGCGAUGAGGUUAUAUCCGGCAAGCAAUACCAACUGGGCAACUUUCCGCUGGUCAUCUGGCAAACAGGCUCCGGCACGCAGACCAACAUGAACUCCAACGAAGUCAUCAGCAAUAUUGCGAUAAAGGCCAUGGAUGGUGAGCUGGGCUCCAAGAAGCCCGUGCAUCCUAAUGACCAUGUCAACAAAUCGCAAAGCUCCAACGACACCUUUCCCACGGCCACGCACAUCAGCGUCGCCAUGGAGAUCAAUAUGCGUCUAAUUCCAGCCAUCUCUCAUCUGCGUGAUGCGCUCUUUUGCAAAUCCGAGGACUUCAAGGACAUCAUUAAGAUUGGGCGCACGCAUCUGAUGGACGCCGUGCCACUCACGCUCGGUCAGGAGUUCAGCGGCUAUGCCCAUCAGCUGACCAAUGGACUGGCUCGCAUAGAUGCUGCUCUUCCACGUGUCUAUGAGCUGGCGCUGGGCGGCACUGCCGUCGGCACGGGCCUCAAUGCACCCAAAGGCUUUGCGGAGAAGGUGUCCAAGCGCAUUGCCGAGCUGACCUCGCUGCCCUUUGUGAUGGCGCCCAACUUCUUUGAGGCGCUGGGCGCUCGCGACGCAAUGGUGGAAGUCCAUGGCGUACUCAAUACUAUUGCAGUGAGCCUGAUGAAAAUUGCCAACGAUAUACGCUUUCUGGGAUCUGGACCACGCUGUGGUCUGGGCGAACUAAUGCUGCCCGAGAAUGAGCCGGGCAGCUCCAUUAUGCCGGGCAAGGUGAAUCCAACGCAAUGCGAAUCCCUGACCAUGAUCUGUGCCCAGGUAAUGGGCAACCAGACGGCGGUAACGAUUGGCGGCGCCAACGGACACUUUGAAUUGAAUGUGUUCAAGCCACUGAUAGUGUCCAAUGUGCUGCGCUCCAUACGUUUGCUAGCGGAUGGCAGCAAGAGUUUCAGCAAGAAUUGUGUGGAGGGCAUUGAGCCCAACAAGGAGCGCAUUGCCAAAAUUAUGAACGAGUCGUUGAUGCUGGUGACGGCACUGAAUCCUCACAUUGGCUACGACAAAUCAGCAAAGAUAGCAAAGACCGCACAUGAGAACGGCACCACACUCAAGGAGGAGGCCCUUAAGGCUGGCGUUACAGAGGAGCAGUUCAAGGAGUGGGUGGAUCCCAAGAAGAUGCUUGGUCCAAAAGAAGUUUAAGAAAAUUUUAGAACUUCUUAAUUUAAAUCAAUUCUAAAACAGAUUGUCAAUGAAUAAAAUUUAUGAAAUU